ACUCCGCCUACUUCAGUCUCCAGCUGUCCCUAAAUUGCAUGAGUAAUAUGUAGACUAUAGCUGCGCCGACUUCAGCGCCCGAGACUAGCCUACAGUUGUCCCGGCUGCACAGUCCCUUGUAAAAUGGAAUAUGAUACAAAGAUUUAUCCCAAAAUAGGUGGAUAUGGACAAUACAAUCGAAUUGUGGCGGUGUUCAGUUGGUUUCCGAACUUUGCUGUUAUGCUUAAUCUUUUUACAGAUGCUUUUUACACGCUGACUCCAGACAGCUACCACUGCAAGCCCGACCCGACUCUCUUACCCUCGGCAUUCUUACUCAGCAACUAUUCCCGACAGGGAUAUCUGAAUUUCACAAUUCCUUGGGUUAACGGCUCUGGGCUGAGCCACUGCGAACUUUUUAAGUACCCAUUAAACUAUUCUUCUAAUGUAUCAGUGAAUGUCCCCAAAGACACAGUUCCAUGCACAAAAGGUUGGGAGUUUUCCCAAGCUGCUGGACUACAAACCAACUUCGUGACGGAGUGGGACCUGGUGUGUGGAAACUAUUGGAAGAUCCCAGUGCAGCACAUCUGCUUCAUGAGUGGGUGGAUCCUGGGGUAUGUCUUCAUGGGAACGCUGUGUGACUGCUUGGGUCGGCGGCGAGCCUUCCUCCUGUCCGUGUCUCUCUCCGGCCUGUUGGGUGUGUCCGUUUGUCUUUCCAACAGCCCUGUGGUCUUCCUCCUGCUGCGCUUCUGUCAGGGCUCCAUGCUGGCUGGGGUCUUCCUCUCAUCAUACAUCUCCAGGUUAGAGUUGUGUGAUCCACCCCAUCGCCUCAUGGUUUCCAUGGUCAGUGGGUUUUUUGCUGUAUGUGCCGAGCUGCUUUUGCCUGGGCUGGCUGUCCUGUGCCGUGAUUGGCCAGUGCUCCAAGCUGUGGCCACCUUACCCCUGCUCCUGCUGCUUUCCUAUUGGUGUUCUGUGUGGGUGUUCCCUGAGUCUCCCCGCUGGCUGCUGGCCACCUCCCAGAUCCCCCAGGCCAAACAGAGCCUGCAGCUCUUCUCCACCAGGAACGGAGCAUGUGUGAGAGAAGAGCUUUACCCUGCUGAGACACUGCUGUCAGAGAUUGAUGCUGCCUGGCCGGAGGAGGACACCCAUGAAGAGUAUCACUCAGUCUUAGUGCUGAGACACACCCGGAUCAUCUGGAGGAACUGUCUGAUCCUCAGCUUCACUCUUUUUAUAGGCACAGGUAUCCAAUACUGCUUCACCAGGAACCUGCACAGCUAUUCCUCCAACUUCUACUUCAGCUACUUCCUGCGUGUUCUGACCGGAGCAUUGGCCUGCCUCUUUCUCUGCAUGUCUGUCAAUCACUUUGGUCGCCGCGGCAUCCUGCUACUCUCUGCCAUUGUUACAGGCCUGUCAUCCCUCCUGCUGCUGGCCCUCACACAGUACCUGCAAGGGGGGCUGGUGAUGGUGCUGUCUGUGACAGGCCUCCUCUCCUCCCAGGCCCUUGCCAUGCUCAGUGCAUUCUUCGCCAGCGAGGUCAUGCCUACUGUCGUACGAGGAGGCUGUCUGGGGCUUGUCCUGGCUGCGGGCUGCAUGGGCAUGGCUGCCUCCUCUCUGAUGGAGCUGCAGAACAACAGUGGUUAUUUCCUGCACCACGUGAUCUUCGCCUCCUUCGCCGUCCUCUCCGUCCUCUGCAUCAUGCUUCUCCCCGAGAGCAAACGCAAGCCGCUGCCAGACUCCCUAAAGGACGGGGAAAGCCAGCGGCGCCCCGCUCUCUUCCUGACCCCCGGCGAGCGAGACAGCCUGCCUCUGCUGUAUACGCGGCCUUCGGAGUACCACUCUGAGAACUACUCCCGCCUGGUGUCAGCCACCAGGACAAUGCUGACCAAAGACACAGUGCCCUUUAACAUGGUGGCCCACCCACCUCUGCUGAUGGCUCAUGGGACAGGCCAGGGGGGGCGGGAGAACGGGCUUCUGAGAGAGGAGCUGUCCGAGCGGUAACCCAACAUCUGAGCUGUCAUCCUGCAUCACAAAAACCCUUUCUCUGCCAAAUACACACACAUGCACACACACAGACACACACACACCUCUUUCCUCACUACAAUCCUAGGCUGACCGGCGCUCAAACUGUUCAGUUGCUGGAGAUAUCCGUUACUGUGAGCUACUUUUUUUUCUUCUGAGUAAUUUAUGUUCCCAUAAACUUUAAUGAAGAAAUGAGUCUUGGUACCGUCAUGACAUGGAUAGUACAUGGCUGUGCAAGUCUGACAGAGUGGUUAAGAACCCCCUAGAAGUCACAUAAUAAACUACAUAAUAAUGUAGACAUCUUAAUGUUCAGAUCAAAAAAUCUGUGGUGAAGCUGUGAAACACCAGAGAGAGUGAAGAUAGAGGUUAGAGCUGUGGAAUGUAGUUGGGUCAGAUGAGUAGCCAUGUCUGUUCACUUAGUCACUGACUGACAGCCACUCAGCUGCCUUUCAUUAAACCUGUGGCUUGAACAUGCUGGCUGGCUGGUUGGCUACCUGCUUAACUGGCAGUCUCAUACCUGGUGUAUUCAUCAGUAACUUCCUAAGGGGCCCUAGAGGAGGAGACUGUGGUGUAGUGUGGGUUAAAAACAAGCUAUUUGGGGUUAUAUUGUUGCUGCUGUUCUGUUGAAAUGAGAAAGAAUGAUUCUGUACUUAAAUAUCUGCAACAAAUGUUGUAAAUGCUAUCAGAACCUAAAAUGAAACUCAUCAGUCACUUAGCACUGUCAGGAAUACUAUCUGAGCAGACCUACAAUCCGAUGGUGAUCUGGACCACUGUGCUUCACAUUUAGUCUGGAAAGGUGAAACAAGGAAGGAGAUAUGGGCAGAGUUAAUGUUAUGAGAGAUGAAGAUGAUGAUUAAAACAAUGAUUUGUUAACUUAAACAUAACUCCUUGUCCACAAUCUAAGACACAAUGCAGAAAGUGUCAUCUAUCACUGUGUUAUGCCCCUGCUGAAAUCAAGAAGGUUGACUUGGUGUGUUUCUAAGUAUUUGACAUAUUUUGGAUAGGUUCAAUGUCUCACCAGUGUUAAAGGAAAAUCUGAUUACAACAACACAGGCUAAGCCUGACAGUUAGCCUGCUCCGGACCAGGUUAGUUUAGCAGAAUAAGUUGCCAUACGAAACAAGUUUGAACUAUGUUGAACUUGCUUUAGAGAACCAAAUCCACCGAAAUUGAGUCUGGCCGAUAUAAGCCUGUUUUAUUUGGUAAACUCCCUUUAUGGAACAGGCCUCAGGUGAACAUGUUUAAUUCCAUUGUGUCUUUGGUAUGCUUCUGUUCAGUUAUGCUCAUUUGUUGUUUUGUACCACUAUAUGCUGUGGCCUAUAGGUGGUGCUAUUGUUUUUAAAAUACAUUUCUUGAAACACCACAAAAAUAGAAUAUGCCAUGGACCUUUUCAUGGCUGACUGUCAACCCUGUCCUACUACUAGGUGAUGAACAUAAUAGAUGUACACACAGGCUUAACAAAAUACUUGCCAUAAUGCUGCCUGAUUAAACCUUUUCAUGUUAUGUGGGCCUAAACGAAGACCUCUUUUGUAUUUCAUAGAAGAAUGAGAGGAGACGUUGUGUGAGUGCAGAUAAGAUGACCAGCUGUCCGGAUUUAGUUCAAUAGCCUGUGGCAUGUUCAUCACGCUAAUGUUUGUCAAACGUUGCACCUCAUUGUUUCUGUUCCAGGUUCUCCCUCUCUUAGUGUGGGUGUGUUUAAUAUUUCUGUUAGUUACAUUCCCUCCAAGGCUGAAACAAACUGAUUUUACCAGCUGUAUCAUGGGAACU